CAUGUUGACUGGUUGGUUGGGAUUUGGUAUAUAUGAUAUAUCAGAUAUUAGAACUAAGCUAAUCUGGUUUUUUAGUGGUUUAUAUUCUGGUUGUUAGCAAUGUUUUUGGUUUCAAUGAGCUGAAUUGAUGCUUUAAAGAAGGGGUGGGCAUUUUCAAUUUUAAGUUUCAACAUUGUUUUUCUUGUAACUUCCAAUUUGGAUGUUAAUACUAGCGGAUUUACAGUAUUUUGAUUGUUUGUUCCAAAAGCCUAGUGGCAAGAAUCACAUACACUGAGUGUGAAUAAGAAGGGUAUUGCGGAACAGCGGAAUUCACACCCAAUCAAAUAUCCCAACAACCUUUAACUAUUUGAGUUGCACUUGCAGUUGUGGUGUUGCUUUGCAGUAUAGUAUCAUGUACAUAUUGGCAGUUGAAGGUAUAUCCGGAUUGAAUCACCAUGCCAACUGGGCAGGAUAUCCACUCCCACUCUAUGUAUCUUCCUUUCUCUGAUGCUGUUACUUGGCUUAUUGAAAUGAAGAAAAAACAAUAAAUUGCAUUAGUAUACAAAAUUUAUUUUAUUGGCAGUAAACCUGUUUCUUUUGACCCAAUGGGUGUGACUCAGUUGGUUAAGAAAUGUUGAUAUGUGGGGAAGGACCACGGUUUGAUCCCCUCAAAUUACACUAUUGGUUGGGGAGGGGCAAAGAGCUUCAAGCUGUUACUCGCAGGGCCAGUCCUUUGACUGAAGCUUUUGGGGAUACUCCCACGGACGGAAAUUACAAAUUCCAAAAGCCGAAUGAACAUUAAACUAUUAUCUUUCUCCUAGACCUACCUUAACUAUAUAGAUAGACCACAAUGACUCCUCACAAACUUGGUGGUCUGCUUGGCAGGCCUUUGCUUUAUGGGGCCUUCAUAGUGUUUCAGCAUACAAGGUACUAAACACAGUGGGUUUAGUUGGUUUACAAGAGAAUUGGGGCCAUUGGACUAAGUUGAACGCUUCAACUCCAUAACGGCUUAGGUUACAAUUUAUGCACCUUGAGGGACAGUGCAAACAGAACAAAGUGCUCGAGAAAGAAUCAGGGUUCUUUUUCAACAUGAAGUACUUUGAGGAAAAAGUGCAGGCUGGUGAAUGGGAAGAAGUUGAAAAGUAUUUAUCAGGGUUUACCAAAGUUGACGAUAAUAGAUACUCAAUGAAAAUAUUCUUUGAAAUUAGGAAGCAAAAAUACCUGGAAGCACUUGAUCGGCAAGACAAGCCAAAGGCUGUAGAGAUAUUAGUGGGUGAUUUAAAAGUGUUCGCCACCUUCAACGAGGAGCUAUACAAAGAAAUCACCCAGCUGUUAAUUCUUAAUAAUUUCAGGGAGAACGAACAGCUGUCCAAAUACGGUGACACCAAAACUGCUCGAAGUAUUAUGUUGAUAGAGCUCAAAAAACUCAUAGAGGCAAAUCCUCUUUUCCGUGAUAAGCUUGCCUUCCCAACCCUUAAGUCAUCAAGACUGAGAACUUUAAUCAAUCAGAGUCUGAACUGGCAGCACCAACUUUGUAAAAACCCAAGGCCGAACCCAGAUAUAAAGACUUUAUUUACAGAUCACACUUGUUCACCUUCUAAUGGUCCACUGGCACCUACACCUGUCAAUCUUCCAAUUUCUGCAGUUGCAAAGCCUGCUGCUUACACUUCACUUGGAGUCCAUGGUCCCUUCCCUCCCGCCGUUGCAAAUGCUAACGCUAAUGCUUUGGCUGGUUGGAUGGCCAAUGCCUCAGCUUCAUCAUCUGUUCAAGCAGCUGUUGUCACAUCGUCAACCAUACCAGUCCCCCAGAAUCAAGUAUCUAUCUUGAAACGUCCUAGAACACCUCCAGCAACUCCUGGGAUUGUUGACUAUCAAAAUGCUGAUCAUGAUCAGUUAAUGAAAAGGCUUCGUCCCGUUCAUUCUGUGGAGGAGGUUUCAUAUCCUGUGGCUCGACAAACCUCCUGGUCACUGGAUGAUCUCCCAAGAACAGUGGCUAUGACUUUGCAUCAAGGAUCCUCUGUGACAAGCAUGGAUUUUCAUCCUUUGCACCACACCUUACUUCUUGUUGGUUCUAAUAAUGGUGAAAUAACCCUCUGGGAACUCAGUUUACGGGAAAGGUUGGUCUCAAAGCCGUUCAAGAUAUGGGAUGUGUCGGCGUGCUCAUUACCAUUUCAGGCAGCUGCAGCCAAGGAGGCUCCUAUUUCUGUUAGUCGUGUCACAUGGAGCCCUGAUGGAAGUUUUGUUGGUGUUGCAUUUACCAAACAUCUGAUUCAUUUAUAUGCAUACACCGGCUCAAAUGAGCUAACCCAGCGUAUAGAGAUUGAUGCCCAUGUUGGUGGUGUGAAUGAUUUGUCAUUUGCUCUUCCAAAUAAACAGUUGUGCAUUGUAACUUGUGGAGAUGAUAAGUUGAUAAAGGUGUGGGAUGCAAAUGGACGGAGACUAUUUACCUUUGAGGGGCAUGAGGCGCCCGUAUAUUCAAUCUGUCCUCAUCACAAAGAGAACAUUCAGUUCAUAUUUUCAACAGCCAUUGAUGGGAAAAUAAAGGCCUGGUUAUAUGAUAACAUGGGUUCUAGGGUGGACUACGAUGCUCCUGGUCAUUGGUGUACUACAAUGCUUUACAGUGCUGACGGAAGUAGAUUGUUUUCUUGUGGGACAAGUAAAGAUGGAGAGUCUUUCCUUGUUGAAUGGAAUGAAAGUGAAGGAGCCAUUAAGAGAACAUACAAUGGAUUCAGAAAGAAAUCUACCGGUGUUGUGCAGUUUGACACAACCCAAAACCGUUUUUUGGUUGCUGGUGAAGAUGGCCAAGUGAAGUUUUGGGAUAUGGACAGUAUUAAUCCUCUAACAAGCACUGAUGCAGAUGGUGGAUUACAGGGCCUUCCACGCUUGAAAUUCAAUAAGGAAGGAAAUAUUCUCGCAGUCACUACUGUGGAUAAUGGAUUCAAAAUACUGGCAAAUGCUACUGGUCUUAGAUCCUUAAGAACAAUUGAAACUCCAGCAUUUGAAGCAUUGAGGUCACCCAUUGAAUCUGCUGCAAUCAAGGUAUCCGGCUCUUCUACUGUUAAUGUUAAUCCGGUCAACUGUAAAGUGGAAAGAAGCUCUCCUGUCAGGCCGCCUCCAAUUCUUAAUGGAGUUGAUCCCAUGAGUCGAAGUGUAGAGAAAUCAAGAACUGUGGAAGAUGCAUCUGAUAGAACUAAACCAUGGCAAUUGUCUGAAAUUCUGGAUCCUGUCCAAUGUCGAUCAGUUGCCUUGCCUGACAACACAGACUCUUUCAGCAAGGUUGUACGACUUUUAUAUACAAAUUCUGCUGUCGGUGUUUUGGCCCUUGGUUCAAAUGGCGUUCAGAAGCUUUGGAAAUGGGCUCGCAAUGAACAGAAUCCUACUGGGAAGGCAACUGCCAGUGUUGUUCCACAACGUUGGCAACCCAACAGUGGUCUUCUUAUGACUAAUGAUAUUGCGGGUGUCAACCUUGAAGAAGCAGUCCCUUGCAUUGCACUCUCAAAAAAUGACUCAUAUGUAAUGUCUGCCUGUGGUGGAAAAGUUUCACUGUUUAACAUGAUGACAUUCAAGGUAAUGACAACAUUCAUGUCACCACCUCCUGCCUCUACCUUCCUAGCAUUCCAUCCCCAAGAUAACAACAUUAUUUCCAUUGGGAUGGAGGAUUCAACCAUUCAUAUCUAUAAUGUCAGAGUGGAUGAGGUGAAAUCAAAAUUGAAGGGUCACCAGAGACGAAUUACUGGUUUAGCCUUUUCAACCAAUCUUAACAUACUGGUUUCAUCUGGUGCUGAUGCUCACCUGUGUGUAUGGAGCAUUGAUACAUGGGAGAAAAGAAAAUCAAUCCCAAUUCAACUACCUGCGGGAAAGCCACCUGUUGGUGAUACACGUGUUCAGUUCCAUUCUGACCAACUUCGCUUAUUGGUAGUCCAUGAGACUCAAUUGGCAAUAUAUGAUGCCUCCAAGAUGGAACGCAUCCGGCAGUGGAUUCCCCAAGAUGUUCUGCCUGCUCCCAUAUCAUAUGCGGCGUAUUCCUGCAACAGUCAGUUAAUAUUUGCUUCAUUCUGUGAUGCAAACAUUGGGGUUUUUGAUGCGGAGAGCUUGAAACUAAGAUGUCGUAUUGCCCCAUCAAUAUGCUUGUCAUCAGCCGCUUUAAAUAGAAGCCAAGCUGUGUAUCCUCUGGUGAUUGCAGCUCAUCCACUAGAACCUAACCAGUUUGCUGUUGGGUUGAGUGAUGGGUCUGUCAAAGUGAUAGAACCAAGUGAAUCAGAGGGUAAGUGGGGAUCUUCUCCGCCUAUGGACAACGGAGUCUUGAAUGGUAAGGCACCAUCCUCGUCUGCAACUAGCAACCACACUGCCGAUCAGGCCCAACGAUGAGAUUCAUUGUAUUAAUUAUGUAGCAUAGUUCUUUCUAUUUGUAAUUUUAUCAGCCUAGGUUUUUAGGUUUUGAUUCACCAAUUUGUCCCUCAUCUAUAUCAGGUCGUUGGACAUAUACCUUCCAGUAUACCUUAAUUUAUUCUUAGUUAACCCAAAUUAUGUUUAUAUUUCAUUGUAAUGUUAUCAGUUCUUGCAAACAAUGGGCGUGUGCUAGCCACCCUCUCAUUAUGGUAUGUAUAAAAUCUGUUGACAAUUUGUCACUAAUGAAUUUGUUGAAUAUC